AAAACUUGGUACUACCCACUCCUUCGUCAUUGCCUGUGAAAACGUGACAUUCUUCACCAGACUCGGCACGAUUGGGCGGGGUGACUUCGGCGCAGUAUGGAGAGGAGAUCUUCACUCAAUACAAAACCAUCUCGACGUUGCUAUUAGGCAAAUGCCAGAUCGCGUGACAAAAUCAUUACAAGUACUUCAAGCUAUCAAGGUACUUUACGAGCUAUCGGAUCAACCAAAUAUUGUCAAAUGUCUAGGAUAUUGUAAAGAACAAGGUAGUAUUUUGUACGAGUUCAUAUCAGGGGGUACACUCCUUACCCAUCUACAGACUUCAGGGGUGCAAUCCCAACCAACGUACAGUAAUCUCAAACCAAACGGUGUUCUUAUUGAUGAGGGUAUCCUACUUAACUUGGCAUGGCAGGUUGUUAAAGGGAUGCAGUUCCUUGCAUCUAUGAAGAUAAUCCAUGGAUCUCUUUGCGCUCACAAUGUUUUGCUGGGAGAAAGAAAGCAGUGCAAGAUAUCAGAUUAUGGACUUUCUUCAUCGCUCUUUGGUGACGUAGCUAAACCAACCAGAUGGAGUUCACCAGAAACCAUGGCAACGGGUGACCAAACAACAGAAGGAGACAUUUGGUCUUUUGGUAUCGUCUUGUGGGAAAUUGUGACACUGGGUGCAAGGCCAUACCCAAAGAUGACAUUCAGCACGGUUCAGACGGAGGUUGCUAAUGGUUACCAGAUGCCAUGCCCUCGUCACUGUGCACAAGAAGUGUAUGAGGUUAUGACUGGUUGCUGGGACAAGGAACCCCAAAAUCGUAGUAACUUUGAUCACAUCCUGAAGAGUAUGGACAGGACUUUAGAAAAGAAACACGGUUACUUGUCUCUGAAUGACCUGGAUGAAGGGUUGUAUGCUUCUACUCUAGAUAUGUGAUGCCAAGAGCAUAAAACAAUGCCUCACGAUAUGUGUUUUAUAUGGAAGGUCAAUGCAUUCGUUUUAGAUUUAAGUGUAAAUAAUUCACGCAUUUCAUUCUUCUCUGGAUACCAUUGGUCCAUUGACUUGAUCUAGAUUCAUUUGUUUUUCUUUUAAAAAUAUAUCAUGCUAUGCAGUAGUAUAUUUAGUAUCAGAAGGCAUAAAAAAUAUAGGUUUUUUAAUUUUCCUAGUAGUAAUCGUUUUUUUGUUUGUUUAACCCUCACCGAGACCAAUUCCAGGGUCCCAUUAGGGAUUAAUUGUACUUUUUACGCUUGAUUGUACAUUGUAGCCAAUGCAAUCAAUAGUUUAAAAAAUUGUACGAUGAUUGCUAUACAGCUUUGUGUUUCGGGCCCCUGAUUGACUUUAUUUCAAUGUACAUACAUUCGGUUGGGUAGGUUUCGUUGAAUGUUACAAUAGCAUCAGAUGAAGUAAAAUGUACAAAGCCUUACAUCUUCAUAUACGGAUCAAUGUCUAGAUAAUUACUUUCCCAUUUAUCCACACUAAAUUAGUCAGGGCUAGAAGAGGCAAAUUCUGUCUAAAUUAUAUGUCCGCAGUUACAAUUUACACAUUACUUUUAGGGCCUAUGGAAGCUAAUUUGAAUUUCAAAUUACCGUACUUAUUACCUUCAAGAGCAAUACGUGAUGUAUUCAGUUAGACAUGUUUAAGACAAUAUUUCACUCAUACAUUAAAAUAACGUUAAUUCUAUGAUUCUCACUCUUGUGACAAUUAGUUUCCAUAUAGAUGUACGCAUGUUAUAUAUAAUAGGGCUUGUAGCGGCUACUUUAAAUGUCAAAAUACAGUAUUGAUAACCUACAUGGCAGAAGAAAUGAUAUUUGAUAAAAAUCACGAUUUCAAAUAAUAUUUUGCUUAUACAACAGGAAAAUAUGGAUUUCAUAGUCAAGCAAAUCCAAAUUCUUAUAAAGUUGUAUUGUUACAAUUUACAUUGUAGAUAAUACUGACAGAGCUUUUAGGGGCCAUUGUGAAUUUGACAAUGCAACAUUUAUCUCAUGCAUGACAAAAUACAUAUGUUUAGCUAGAAAACAUAUUUUUAUUACAAUGUUUAAGUCGUAUAUCACCAUUACAUGCAUUUUAUGGUUAUUACUCUUAUGAAAAUUAGUUUCUGUAUCCGCAUUGUAUAUAAUGACUUAGAAAUACAGCAGUCAUCACAUAUAUUGCAUAUUGAAUAUUGUAUUUCGUAAAAAAAAUUUGUAUUAAGUAUACUACUCGUUUAUCUUUAUAAUAAUAUGCAGUUUUAGUACACUUGUGAAUUUUUCCCAGUUAGCAUUGUACCUAAUACUGUUAGGGAAUUGGUGGCAAUUGUGAAUAUCAAAAUGCAUCAUUAUUUUAUCACAUACAUAACAUCAAAUAAUAUAUUUCGUUAUAACUCGUGUUUCCAUUGAUUAUUUCACUCCUAUAUCACAAUCAGGUGCAUUUUAGUGCUCACUUUUGUGAAAAUUAGUUUCCCCAUUCAUAUUGUACAUUUUUUUACACGCAAUUACUAUAUUUUAUAGCCUAUGUGCGGGCAAUUUUAUGAUUUUCAUGGAUAAUUUGCAUAAAUUGGCAGCCAUAUUUCAUUUUGCCAAUUUGCGGAAAAUGCUCAAGGUUACAUGAGUGGCAUCAUUCAGAUUCGUAAUCAGCACCCUCGAAUGACAAGAAAUCAUAAAAAAAUAUUAUUUAUAUGAAAAACAAGGUUUAGUUCAUUUUCCAUAGGGCCUAUACAGGACUAAAUGUCUUGCCUCGGCAGUUGAUUAUGUUACCUUAUUGUUAUGUAUGGUGCACCCUCAUGUGGAAUGUAUAUUGAACACUUAUGUUAAGUAGAUUAUAAUUCGGAAUAGGUUAGUCUGACUAUAUGAAAUAAAUACAUGCAUUAUUGUUUCCCAAGGGUGUAAGAAUGGUAAGCGUUAUUCUCAUUGCAGUGAGGUAUGCGGUGAGCGUUGAUGUACAAUGUAUGUGCGCGUGUGUGUUUGGGGAUGUGCAGGGUGUGUGUAAUAAUUUUCUGGUGAUUUUGAUGCAGAUAAAUGCAAUUUUUUUAAGAAAUCAAUUUUCAUCGAUUGUACAACUUAUAAAACAUUGUUUAGUUUGUUUACUGUUGAGCCUCCUUCUCUAAGUACUGUAAACUUUAAAAGAAAUAUAUAGUAAAAUCUGUAACGAAUCUCCAAUUAUGUUAGCAUGUUUCUUAUGAUAUACUAUUUCUACAAAGAAAACGAUGAGAGCGAAUUAUGAUAAGUGCUUGUAAAUAUCGUGUUGUAUAUGCAAUUAACGGAAGGAUGAAAUAAAUGUCACCUAUAACAUUUGUAAGUGUAAGAGAAAAUAGUGCUAUUGCGGUGAUUUGUGAAAUUGAUUUGAUAUGUUGACAAAAUGAAAGUACGGCAU